CAGGCACCGGGAACGCCCUCGACCGCAAUUCCUGGGCACUGGGUCCCCCCCUCAACCUCCUCAUCCUGCACCAACAUCCCCCUGCACCCCCUUUCCUGGACAUCCUGCCUCUCCCAGACCUACUUUUUCCUUGUCCAUCAGACCCCCUGGACCCCCAUUCCUGCCUUUUCCAGACCCCAUUUUCCUCAACAUCAGCGACCCCUGCACCCCCCUUUUCCUGGGCACAGGGACCCCCUGAAUCUCCAUCCCACCUCUCCCAGUGCCCUCCCCCCCUUCCCCUGACCCUGGGACCCUGGGACAGACCGGGCAGGGGCUGCAACCUGGUUCUUUUAGAUGAUUCCUUCCAAGGCGAGAUUAAGGCCCAAACCUCCAAAUGUUGGGUCUCAAACACACACAACUGACUUUAUUGGCACCAAUAAGGAACGGGAAAAGCGAGGGGGGGAGAAGAGGGAGAGAUGAGGAAAAGGAAAGGCUGCCAAAGGAAAGUGCCGAAAGGUUCCCAGCACAGGGAGAGAAGCGGGUGCAGUCAGGCUCGGGCAGGCAGGGAAGCAGCGCUGGAGGGAAGCGGGUGGGGAGCAGAGCGGAUCCGAGCCGAGCAGCAGAGCAGGGAGGUGGGACACGAGCGGGACGGAGCGAGGAGUGGGGCCAGCAGCCAGCACGGGCCCCUGGCCAACACCGACCGGGCUGGCCAGGACCGAAACGCUGGCACUGCCUUAAAUCCCCCCGGUGGGCGCUCCCUGGCCAGCUCGGCUCCGGGCAGAUCCUUGACCCUGAGACCCCCUCAACCCCCCUUCCUGCCUUUCCCAGACCCUAGACCCCAUUUUCUUCAACAAUGGGGCCCCCUGGACCCCCCUUUCCUGGGCACAAGGACCCCUGGAUGCCCCAUCCCACCUCUCCCAGUCCCUACAUUCUCCUUCCCUUGGCCCUGGGAUCCCAAAAUCCCCGUCCUGGCUCUCCCAGCUCUCCCAGUUCCCCCUGUCCUUGCCCCUUGGACACCCCCAGACCCCCCAAAUCUCCGUGUCCCCCCAGUUCUCCACUCCCUGCGUUUCCUGAAUGUGGCGGUGACAGAGCCCAGCCCGGGGAUCCCUCAGUAUGUGGAGAUUGGAUACGUGGACGGGAUCCCCAUCACGCGCUACGACAGCGAGCGGGGCCGGGCGGAGCCGCUGACGCCGUGGAUGGCAGCUGGAGUCGAGCCGGGAUAUUGGGAUGGACUGACCCAGAUCAAUGAGAGGAUCUGGCUCGUGGCUGCCACUGACCUGGAGACAGUGGGGGGCUGGUACAACUGGAGUGGGGGUCUCCACACGGUGCAGCGGGUUUGUGGCUGUGACCUCCUGUCCGACGGGAGCGUCCACAGAACCCUUCGGUACAGCAUUGAUGGGCAGGAUUUCAUCUCCUUCUCCCCGGAGACCGGGACCUUUGUGGCAGCCGAUGGAGUUGCCCGGAUCACCGAGAAGCGCUGGAAAUCCGACGGGUACGAGGAUUUUCAGCUUGACCUGGGACAGAACUGUGGGGAAGACCUCCGAAUAUACAUUGGAUACGGGCGGGAGGCACUGGAGCGCAAAG